AUGCACAUGGACUUCUUACGUCCCUCCUCGAAGAAGGGGAGGUCGCGCUUCUCAAAAGCCUUACCCGUCCCUCCGCCUCCGCCUCCGCCAUAUGACCCUCUACAAGUCUCUUCUCCGCCUCAACUUCCUCCUCCCAUCUCAAACGACAGGAUCAAGCAGCUCCCUUCGAUUCCUCGAGUUCCAGUGAGGUCACCUCAAGUAACGUCUCCCGUCAUGUCCGACAAGCCGUUGCCGCCACCGCAAUCCCACAACCAGUCUCUCCCACCUCUACCAUCCCUCGAGACGAAAGAGUUGCCCAGAAUGCACAUCGCCCGCCGUCCAGUCGCUAAGCAGCCCGCUCCGCAGUCAACCCCUCAACAACAGCAGCAGCAGCAGCAGCAGCAGCAGCAUUCGCCAACCGAGUCUAUUGGAAGUCUCUUGUCGGCAUACUCGAGGAGUUCGGGCGAGUCACUUAUCAUGUCGCCAGAUGGAAGUUCAACUCAACGAGACUCAGCCCCAAUGUAUGCCUCUGAACAGGACGGAACAAGACAGGCUAAAAUCCUCACGCCCAACUCAUUGUCAUUCGGCGACAAUGACGCGGCUUACACCAACUAUGGUGCACAAAAGUUCACCUCAGACAAGAGCCUGCCGCCUGCUCCUGCCUUUGAUUAUGAACAGGGCCCACCUCCGCCAGCCAAAUCAGGGCAGACGGCGACUGUCGGCAGUCCGACGAGCUUUGGGUCGGGCUCGCCACAGCAGCAGCAGCGGCCAAUAUGGAGGAGAAGAUCUGUGAAAUCGGAUCGUAAUAUCGAAGUCUCUGACCUAAAACUGGCAGUCAGUCAUGGUUCGACUGCCGCUUCUCAACCAAACACCGCACAACCCUCAUCAUAUUCUGCCGUACCUCCCCCAACGCAACAACAAUAUCCCCCUCGUACUAGUUCUGGCUUGCCUGGUAGGAAUAUUCGGCCUGGACAGCAUCAAAUUUCUCCUCCAGCAGCAACUGCAGCAGAAGACGGAAUGGGCCAGGAAGUGUCACGGUUGCGAGAGAAAAUCUCGCGUCUCCGCGGUGAGGAAGGCGCGAACGUGGGAGCCUCUCACAGCGAUACCGCCCUUUCGCCUACUCAACGUCUGCCGACUCCCGACUAUGAGAAAGAGGAUGUCAAGACGCCCGUUGUCGAUACUGUUGUCUCACCCAUCUCUCCAGCUUCCUCCCCCAAGCCCGCGGCUGACCAGGCAACGACCGAGGCCAAGCCACCCGUCCCGCGCAAGGCUGUUACGGAACGUAACAUUCAUAAUGCUCAAAGCUUGCCUCAAAUGCGUGCUGAGCAGCCUGUGACGAACAGCGAGGCACCUCCUACCAUCAAACAGUUUCCCGUCAGUCCUCUCAGCCCCGAGUCGCAGGCGCAAUUUCCCGCCCGGACCACAUCAAAUCAGCAGCAACAGCAGCAGCAGCAAAGAGCACAAUGGCAGCCCACAGGUCAGGAGCAUGUGCCCAAGUUCGCACAGCAGGGUGGCGACAUGCGGCCUGCCUCUAGGGAUCAGCGCCCACGCCAAGGUUCUGGCGAGUACCGCGAGCUGAGGGAGAAGGAUAUGCCGUCUGCCGACGCUCGCUCGUCCGCCUUCCCCCUGUACACCCCGGAGCCCCCCAGCCCAUCAGUUGUCUAUAACGCCCUCCCUAUCAAGGACAGCAUGCUUGACUGUUACGUCCGACACCGCGUCAUGGAUCGCACCCGUAACCGCAAUUAUGCCCUCACCUGCCAGACCUGCGGUAAGGCCGACACUGAAGAUCGAUUCAAGUGUCAAUGGUGCUACGUGCGCAUGUGCACCUCCUGUUUUAAAACAUUCAACAGCAACCGCAGGGAUCUCCGGAAGCUCCUUGCCCACCUCGAGGGCAACCCGCAGAGCAGCGAUUCUCAGGGCCCGGCAGCUGCUCCUUUGCAGCCGAACGAAGCAGUCGCGACUGGGGAGCAGAAGGCUCAGCAGCAGCCAGUUGAAGAGCAUCAGCAUCAGCAGCACCAACCUCAGAUGGUUGCUGCUUAA